AUGACCUCAGGCUAUCCAUAUCCACCCCAUUACCAUAACGACAACAACAGAAAUCCAAAUCCAAAUUCGGCAUCGACUCCCAACUCAAACUCACACAACCGUUCACUAUGGAACAACGAAUCUUUGGCUGGUAGAGGAGAGGAAAUCGAAUCUCUAACUUUGCCUCCAAUUAGUCGGCCAAAUCCCGAGACUAGAUUGGAGCUACCUGCAAUAUCAUCAUCACCACUUUUUGUAUCGGAUUCCCGUACGGGACAAACACAGCCAGAACAAUCCUCCCAUAGUCUCAAUUCAAGGAGCAAUGCAUCGGCAAUGAUACUUGGAGCCGUAUCCGCUUCUACCGCAACAGCAACAAAUUCAAAUUCAGAACCUAGUGAAAACAGUACAAAACGCCCUCGGAGCUCAUCUCCCCCCGAUCUUUUUUCUUUUGAUCCUUUCGACGAAACCAUCCGGUAUCGAUCACCACCUCCACUACCACCAUCAAACCAAAACUCACGACCAUCCUCACAACCAGGAAGAGGGUCUUCCUUUUAUGACGACGACGCAGAGGCCUUGACAAAUUUCGACUGGGAUACCUUUCUUUCGCAAGACAACGAAAACGACGAAGAGAUUGACGAUCCAUUUGCAUCGCCACCACAAAUGCCUAGUCGAGCUUCUGAUAGUUACGGUGUAGUUGAUCUUACUGAUUCAUCACCAGCUAUGGUUCCCCCACCAGAAAGACGCAGAGCUCUUAGCGGCACCAGUUUACGCCCAGCUACACUCACUAAACCAAAAUCCCCAAAACGACGAAAGUCAGGUCUCUCAAAGUCUACAUCUGCGAAACGUCGCAAGCUUUCACCAUCACCAACAAAACCCGAGGAAGACGUCGAAGUGGUUGAUCUCGCGGAGAAUUCAAAUUUAGAAGAGUAUGAAGCUGCAAAAGCGAAAAGACAAGAAGACUUGAUCAAACAACAAAACCAAGAUGAAGCAACGAAACCGGUCAAAUUGGUGGAGUUCCAGUGUAUCAUAUGUAUGGAUAAUCCGACGGAUCUGACGGUAACACAUUGUGGCCAUCUCUUCUGUUCUGAGUGUCUUCACUCAGCAUUACACGCAGGGAACAACGGCAGGAAAUCAUGCCCGGUUUGUCGAACUUCAAUUAGCACCACGAGCCUGCCCGGUCGAAAGCCACCUAAGAAUGGUACAUUUCCUAUAGCGAUCAAGUUAAUGACGGCGAACAAAAUGGGAAAGAAACCCAAGAGGAAUUGA